UGCGAAUUCUGUGGCGGCAAUUUCAUCUGUGAACAGGCUUUUAAUUUGUAUUUGAAGAUGCACGAGUCUCAUUCAGAAGAACAAGUGCAGCCGCAACAGGGCGAGAAUUGUAACUGUGGCUUCAUGACGAUGCCGGAGCUGCGUGAGCAUCAGAAGAAACACGUUGCCAAGGAUUUUAACUGCGACUACGUGACCUCCCACAAAAAGAACUUAAUCACCCAUCAGAAGUGUCACAAUGUGUCUUCAAUUAUAAGUAUCAAUUAUAAGUAUCAGUGCGAGAAAUGCGGCGAACAAUUCCAGAGCAAGAGCAACUGCCUGCUACAUCUGUUGUCGCAUACGAGUAAAAAGUUGAUUCAGUGCGACGUGUGUAACGUCACAUUUCGCCACCCCGAAGGUCUAUGAUCGCACUCGAAGAUACGUCAACCGGACUAUGUACAGUCACAAAGUGAACACCUCUGCAAGCUGUGCAACAAACGUUUUUCUCAGAGACAAGGGUUGCUGACGCACAUGAAGAUCCACGACGUGGAAAACAAGUACGUGUGCACGAUAUGUGGCAAGUCCAUAUCCAUCAAGUAUUUUCUUAUGCACCAACGCAGACACACCGGCGAGAGGCCUUAUGCUUGCGACAUUUGUGGGAAAAGCUUUAUUUCGAAGAAGUACCUAUCCAAACAUUGUCGCAUGGGCGAGAAGCAAUGCACUUAUUGUAAAAAAAGAUUUGCUCAAUGUUCGUUGAUAAUACAUCUACGAAGGCACAUAAGUGAUCGACUUUUUCCUUGCAUGUACUGUUACAAAUCGUUUACUACAAAAGUGUUGCUGAACUUGCACUUGAAAAUGCACGCGAAACGAAACGCUCGACAGCAACAACAGCAGCAAGAAAGUUCGCAAACACAGGGAAAGGAAUUAUUGCCGUACGAAACGGUCACUAUAAUGUUGUAG